GCGCUUGCUACGGUGGACUUUGGGAUGGCUGCCCUGGGUGCAAGUCUCACUCAUGCAAACAUUUCCCCAUACACCACCAUAUAACUCGACAUAGCUCAUCGAAAAAGAGCACGUGAGAUUUGGCACUCAUUCUCCUGUACUUCCUUGGACCACUCAUCUCAUUGCGGCUUUACUUCCUACGCCCAAGGACCUUUUCCGACCCCCCCCAAUCGCUGAGUCGUGCUCGAGUGUCAGGCACGCUCUGGUCUGAGCGCUCUCUACUGCAGUGAUCCCGAGAAGAAGGUCGCAAACGCAGGGAGGCCACGGCAGAGACCAGAACGGACAGCAUGGCGCCCAAGCAGAACCAGACCCCGCCCUACGCAAAGGACGAGAGGGUUCUCUGUUUCCAUGGCGACCUCAUGUACGAGGCCAAGGUGACUGACAUCCGCCCCGCGGCCAAGGUCGACGACACGCAGUACCGCAUACACUACAAAGGGUGGAAGGCCAGUUGGGACGACUGGGUCAGCGCCGACCGCAUCCGCAAGUUCACCGACGACAACAAGCAGCUCGCCGCCCAGCUCCAGCUCCAGGCCCGCCAGCGGGCACCCAAGUCGUCCAAGAAGGCCAACGCAAAGGGCUUUGGUUUCGGCGGCGGCGCCGCCAACGGCUCCGAGAUGAGCUCCGCGCGAGGCAGCGAGGAGCGAGGCGCCAACAACAGCUUCGGUGGCAGAGGACCACGACGAGGUCGUGACUACGAGCUUGAGACUGAGGAUGCUUUCCAUGCCCGUCCUUCGAUCAAGCUGAUCAUUCCAGAUGUGCUCAAAGCACUACUGGUUGAUGACUGGGAGAAUAUCACAAAGAACAACCAGCUCGUUCCCCUUCCUCACCCUAGCCCGAUCAGCAAGAUCCUCCAAGACUACUCGGCAUACGAAUCACCGAAGCGGCCAGAGGGCUCCGCCCAAAUCGACAUCCUGGAAGAGACGCUGGCCGGGCUCAAAGAGUACUUUGACAAAUGUCUCAGCAGAAUUCUGCUGUACAGAUUCGAGCGCCCACAAUACGCUGAAGUACGAGAGAAGUGGCUGUCCGAUGACCCGGACUGGGCCAACCGGAAGACCGCAGUUGAAACGUAUGGACCGGAACAUCUUAUGCGGCUGCUCGUUUCCCUCCCCGAGCUCAUUGCCCAGACAAACAUGGAUCAACAAUCGGUCAACAGGCUGCGUGAGGAGCUGACCAAAUUCACGAGCUGGCUAUCUCGCCAUGCUGGCGAUUACUUUGUGUCAGAGUACGAGACGCCACCCAACGAUUACGUUGAGAAGGCAAAGAACUGAUAGACCGGGUUGGUCUUGGGAGGGCUUGGCGCACGGAGUUUGGCCAUGACAGUUUUGCCACGUUCACGAGGUUUUGUACAACUUAGUCCCGGAGCUAGUAAGUAGACGAGAGUUGCCGUCGCUAUUAGGACAGAGACCAUGUCAGCUUGUGACGAAAAAUCAUCAGUACCUUGGGGAGAUUAAAGCCAGUGACCCGCGGGGCUUGUUGAGUGACAUUCAACGCACCAGUAGCCUUUCAGGUGGGUUGGGGUCACUCAAAAGUCUGCCAUAGUCCUGCAGUUCCACUACUUACGCUGGUA